AUGGGGAAAAGCUUAUCUGCCAUUAAACAGCUAAUAUUGAAAUGCAAUCAAGCUAUUUUGAUUCUUGAUCAGUUGGAGGAUGAUAGAGAGCUGAGCAGGCCUGAAUUUAAUUUCAGAAAUAUAGUAAAGGAGCACUUGAAAGUUUUGAUGCAGUCUCAGUCUGAUUAUUGGAAGAAGAGAUGCACUAUUAGAUGGAUAAAACUUGGAGGUGAAAACACUAAAUUUUUUCACUCCAAGGCCACAGAGAGAUAUAGGCAUAAUGUGAUUGCAGAUAUUAUGGAUGAUGAUGGUAGUACUUUGUCCACUCACAGUGAAAAGGCUAAUGCCUUCUUUCAUAGCUUCAAAAAUAGGAUGGGAGUAUGCAGGGCAACUAGUCCUAUGAAUCUUGGAGCUGUCAUUCAGAGAGUGGAUAAUCUUGAUUCCCUGGUAACCCCAUUUUCUGAUGAAGAGAUUGAUAAGAUUGUUCAGCACAUGAAACCGGACAGAGCCCCUGGUCCUGAUGGUUUUAAUGGCUUAUUUUUUAAGAAAUGUUGGGGCAUACAGUCCAAGAGGAAGAUUGUAGUCCUAAAAAUUGACUUUGAGAAAGCUUUUGACACUCUGGACCAUGAAGCCAUCAUUCAGAUAAUGAGGGCCAAGGGAUACCCUGAAUUAUUUCUGACCUGGACAUUGGUCAAUAUUGCCUAUAGGGAGGGAAUCCUGGCUGCUCCUAUACCUGUUGGCAAUGAUUUUCCUAUCAUUCAGUAUGCUGAUGGUACUAUUAUUGUGUUACCUGCUGAGAAAGUGCAACUGGAUGCCUUCAAAAGUAUCCUGGAUCAGUAUGCUGCUUUCACAAGUCUUAAGGUUAAUUAUAAUAAGUCCUCUAUGAUCCCUAUAAAUUUGACACAUGAAGAGGCUAUUGAGCUUGCCAGAGAUUUUGAUUGCCAAUUGGGCAGCAUGCCUUUCCUACUUAGGUCUCCCAAUGGGAACCACUAA